AUGCUGCUGCGCCUCAGCCUCAAGCCGCCGCCGCUGCUCCUCUCGCUCGCCUUCCAUCUCCUCUUCCUCACCUCGCUCUUCCACCUCUACUUUACCUCGCCCGUCGUGCACCCGCACGUGCGCUAUGCCUCGCUCACCGGCGACGCGGCCGUGGGGCGCGCGGGCCAAGGAGCAGCAGCAGCAGCGCAAGCGGCGCCGGCGAAGCGUCUGGUGCUCAUCGUCGGCGAUGGCCUGCGUGCCGACACGGCGUUUGCCUCGGUGCCUCGCGGCCUGCGUCCUGCUGCUGCUGCUGCUGCUGCAUCUGGCGAGGAGGAGGCGGCGGCGGCGUGGUACGCCAUGCCUCAUCUCCGGCACCGCGCACUGCACACUGGCGCAUGGGGCGUGGCGCACACGCGCGUGCCGACCGAGUCGCGGCCGGGCCAUGUGGCGAUGAUUGCGGGCAUGUAUGAGGAUGUGAGCGCCGUGACUACCGGAUGGCAAGCCAAUCCAAUGCCCUUCGACUCCACACUCAACGUCUCAAGCCACGCCUUUGCCUUUGGCAGUCCAGACAUCGUGCCGCUCUUCGCCCAUGACGCACCCGAGCGCAUCGAGGUCGAGAGCUAUGCAGAGCACGAGGAGGACUUCUCCAAAGAUGCAACGCAGCUCGACUUCUGGGUGCUUUCGCGCUUCGAAGCGCUGCUUGCUCGCGCCUCUUCGAACGCCACUCUCUCCGCCACCCUCUCCUCCAGCGGGCUCGUGUUUUUCCUGCAUCUCCUCGGGCCCGACACGACGGGGCACGCCUUUCGGCCCUUUUCGCGCGAGUACGUCGCCAACGCGCGCGUCGUCGACGACGUCAUUGCGGCCGUCGAGCGUGCCGUGUCGGCGUACUGGCACGACGACGGCCAGACUGCCUUUCUCUUCACGGCCGACCACGGCAUGUCCGCACGCGGCAACCACGGCGACGGCGAGGCGGCAAACACGCGCACGCCCCUCGUGGCGUGGGGCGCGGGCGUGCGCGCGCCGCGGGCGCUGGCAGAGGAGGCAGCCGGCGUACAGCAGAGGUUUGCCAGAUGGGAGGAGCGCAGUGGAGAUGACUACUUUGAGGGAUGGGGAGAGUUGGAUGACGUCUGGAGAGAAGAUGUCGAACAGGCAGAUGUGACUCCUCUCAUGACGACGCUUCUAGGUCUGCCCAUGCCCGCCAACUCAGAGGGCAAGCUGCCGCUCGACUAUCUCGCCGUGUCGCAAGAGGCCAAGGCUCGCGCCAGUCUGGCAAACGCAAGAGGCGUGCUGGAGAUGUAUCGCGUCAAGCACGAUCAACGAGCCGCUCGAAUGCGUCGAUUUCUUCCCUUUGCUCCCCUUUCCUCCUCCUCCUCUCUGCUGCCCGGUGCCGAUCAAGUGGUGCAGAUCCAGGCGCUCAUCGCCGCGCAAGACUACCCUCUGGCCAUGCACGCUUCUCGCGCGCUGCUCGAGCUCGCUCUGCAGGGCAGCGCGUAUGUGCAGACGUACGACUGGCUCCUGCUCGUGUGCCUCAUCAGCGCGGCCUAUCUGGGCAGUGUGGCCUAUACCAUUGUGCACCUGCUCGAGCACUAUGUCCUCUCCCCAACCUCGCCUAGCGCCUCGUCUUCGCUCGGCACCCUCCUCGGCUUGACGACCUUUGCGCUGCUCAGCUGCAAGUUCGCCCUCGAUUGCGAUCCGCCAAUCUACUAUCUCUACGCCCUGUUUCCCUCUUACUUCUGGGCCGUCGUCAUCGAUUCGCGGCAUCUCUUCCAUCGAGCCUUUGCCCUUGGGCGUUCUCGCUACUCCAGCGACAGCAACGCGAGUCUCUAUCUUUCGCUCUCUCUCGCCGCCCGUGCAGCGCUGGCACUGGCGGCACUGCAGCUCAUGGUGCUGGGCUACCUUGAACGCAUCGCUUGGACGAUGGGCCUGCUGGCCAUAGGCUUCCUCUGGCCCGCACUCUUCAUGUCGAGCGACAUGAGGACGGAAAUGGAGGGCACAUUGCUGGCGUGGGGCCUGACUUGUCUCGCAUGCGCAGGCUUUGCAGUGCAAGGCACAGAGAAGGAGGAGAGUGUGCCACUGCUCAUGCUCUCGGCGCUGCUCUUCCUGCUAAUCGGCGGCGUGCUGCUCUGCAAGCCCUCGCUGCUCGCCUCCCACUCUGCCGCCUCUGCGCAUUUCCAGCACUCGACGCUCUUUGUGCUCAAGCUGCAGCUCUGCACGCUGCUCCUCUCCGCCGCCGUCACGCGUUCCUCGGCGCUCUCUCUCGCUGCAAAGAGAGGCCUGCCGCUGCUGAAUCAAGUUCUCGCCUGGCUCAUCCUCCUCCUGACGCCCCUCUACACCUACCUUGUCGGCUUUCGCGCCUCGCACCUCGGCCAUGCGCAGCCGGCGGCGCAUCGGCUGCUGCUCCUCGUCUUUGCCGCCGCGCCGCUCUUCCUGCUGCUCUCGCUGCGCGACGAGGCGCUCUUCCUGCUCGCGUACACGGCCGCCCUGCUGCUCUGGGCACGCCUCGAGGGCGCCCUGGCCGCCGAACGCGCACAACAGGCCAGAGAGCAGACGCCGCACGAGACGCACGAGAAGCUCAGCCUCGAACAUCUGCGCGUGGCAAUGACGUUGCUCUUCUUGCUGCACGUGGGAUUCUUCGGCACCGGCAACGUGGCGUCCAUCUCCUCCUUCUACCUCUCGCCCGUCUAUCGCCUGGUGCCCAUCUUCUCUCCCUUCCUCAUGGCCGCUCUUCUGCUGCUCAAGAUUCUCCUCCCCUUCCUCCUCCUCGCGCUCGUGCUGCACCUACUUUCGCUCUCUCCCAUCUCCGCUCCUCCGUCUCUUCGCACACAAGGAGCUUUGCGUUCCUCCUCCUCCUCAAGCACCUCCUGCACGUCCGAUGCAGGCAUCAUGGGCGGCCUCGCUCUCCCCGACGGCACCUCUCUGGUCCUUCUCGCCGGCUGCGGCGCCGACAUUCUCGCCCUCUCCUUUCUCUACGCCGUGCGCAUCGAGGGCUCCUGGCUCGAAAUCGGGCGCAGCAUCACGCACUUCGUCAUGGCCAACAUGCUGCAGGUCUUCAUGCUGCUGCUCGCCGCCCUCGCGCACGCCGUCCUUGGGCGCGGCGACAACCGCAGAUAA